AUACUUGGUUGUGUCUUCUCACAGGAAGCCAAGCUGUAUGUUUCUGGUAACCCAAACCCUUCACACCAUUGCAUUGAAAGCCACAAGAGUUUCACAAGCCCCUUUUUAUUUCUCCCCCAGCAUGUCUAAAGGUUAGAAGGUAAAUCAAACAAUAGUGCUGUACGUUUGGUCAUAAAUCCAGCCAGUCUUUUGAAUUUUCCACCACUGUUUGAUCCCAACCAACCAGGUCAGAGACAUACAUGUGCACACUGUUACAUGCUCACUACAUGUGCACACUAUACGUGCUCACUACAUUUGCACUCUAUACAUGCUCACUACAUGUGCACACUAUACGUGCUCACUACAUGUGCACACUAUACAUGCUCACUACAUGUGCACACUAUAUAUGCUCACAUACAGGUGCACACUAUACGUGCUCACAUACAGGUGCACACUAUACAAGGCAAAGAGUUCCUCCCACCCACACAUGAUGUGCAGACAGACAGGAAGAGAGUGAGCAGUAGAACAGCUCUGUGAGGAGAACACGACGAGAUGUGCUUGGAGCGGUUGACUCUUGUGUUGCUCUCAGUCACCCUGGUGAUUUCAGGUCCAGUUCCUGUGAUUCUGGAUUAUGAACCUAGAAGAGUUGAAGUCCUUCUCGGUUCCUCUGUGGCCUUCCAAUGCCGUCUGAAGACACCGAGUUACGGCAGAGUUCGAGUGCAGUGGAUUUUCAGCCCUAGUCCAUCCGGCAACACUACUAUCCUGAAUAUCUCAAUCUAUGUGCUGAACCAAACCCAGCAGACCCAAGAAACUAACAGGACUUGGCCCACAUAUACUUUAGCUAAUGCAACAAAGGAGGAUGGGGGAUGUUACCAUUGCAAAAUCAUAGCAGAGAUUCCCGUAUUAGACACUACUAUGAGCAAUACAACACAAGUUGUUAUUAGGCUUCCCCCACCGUCCCAGUUGAUGGACGGGUGGAUGUGGAUCAGUUUGGGAGUUUCUUCUGUCCUCCUGGUUGUCCUGCUCCUCAUAUGUGUCUCGCUCAGCAGACGGCGCUGCAGAAGAAGAGGAGAAGAACCCGUCUAUGCGAACACACGUCCGGUCACCAGCAAGCAGCCGUCUCCUCGGCCCGGCUCGGAUCAUCUGAAGGAACCUUCUUCCCUUCAGAACAUCCGGAAGCCGAGUCCUUGUAGGAAAUACAACGAAGGCAAGCGGAGAUACAAAUAAUGAGAAAGUUAUAGAUCAUCAAAUGUAGUCAAACCUGUGCAUGUACAUUGGGACCAAAGAGAAAACUGGAGUCAAAUUCUAAGAAUAAUUUUUAUCAGCUUUAUUGGCCAUGAAUUCUGAGGCAAGGCUUAUAUUAAAGCUGUGGGAGUUAAAGUUAUUGUUUACCCUGCUUCUAUUAGUAUUAUUAUAUACUUACAUCAUAACCAUUAUCAUAUUCUGUAUAUCAUAUAUUUCCUUAUUAGCAUUAUUAUACGUUUUACAUUGUAGCCCGUGUGUUCUGUUUCAGGUGUUUCCAUUGAUCUUGAAUCGUUAUGAAUGUAUUUCCUGUUAUGAACCACUGGGUGGCAGAUUGUGUCAGUGGUUGAAUACAGUGUUUUUGAAUUGUUUGUAUUAUUUCUGAUAACGUUUGAAUAUGUUGCAAACAGCAGAUUUUAGUAAAGUAAAUAAGAAAAAAGUAACAAAUAUGUAUUUUGAGGGAAAUUGGUGGUACUUGUGUGCUUAUUGUUAGAACUAUUCUUUUAGGAUUAAGGAAAAGCAGAUUUAGUUGCAGUUUGUAUCUUGAAUGUUUCUACAAUUUAUCGGUUUUCAGUCUAAAUAUCACAAUUUAUUUUUGCAUUUCAUCAACAACUAGGAGCAAACGUCGUGUAAAUAAAAUAAAUAUGGAUACCAUG